ACUUUGUAUUUGAGUCUCUUGGACAGUGUUUGAACAAAAUGGCCCAUUAUUUAAAUUUUGCUAUGAGAAAUAUGGUCGGGGUGCUUAUAGUUUUUGUGUUGGUCAUCUGCCAUACCCAAGCAAGAAGCGGCUGUGCAAUUUUUGGCCAUUCUUGCUACGGUGGUAUUGGCAAACGUGCAGAAUUAGCUGAUACCAAUGAAGAAUCUACCAAUCAGAAAAAUGAGCUCUCAACAGGUUUAUAUCCUGAAUCUUCUCAAAAUUAUAUUCCAAGACCCUUCAGCGUUUCUCCAGAACAGUAUGAGCGGAUGAACAAAUACAUAAAUGAAUGGAUUCUGAAUUAUAUGAGGAACCGAGAAGAAUAUUUGCGAAAAGAAGAAGGAUUUGACCGCGAAUAGAUGAAAUCAUUUUCUAUGUUUUAUCCUUUUUAUCAUCUUGAAUAAAAU